AUGAAGUCCGAGUUAUUGUUCCCACUCCUCUCUUUCGUUGGCCAAAGUCUUGCCACCGACUGUCCUCUCAUCACCAGCAGAUGGAGCGCGGAUCCUUCGGCUCAUGUCUUUAACGACACUUUGUGGCUCUAUCCGUCUCAUGAUAUUGAUGCUGGUUUUGACAAUGACCCUGAUGGAGGCCAAUAUGCCAUGAGAGAUUACCAUGUCUACUCCAUUGACAAGAUCUACGGUUCGCUGCCGGUCGAUCAUGGCACGGCUCUAUCAGUGGACGAUGUACCCUGGGCCUCUAGACAGAUGUGGGCUCCUGACGCUGCCCACAAGAACGGCAAAUACUACCUGUACUUCCCUGCCAAAGACAAGGAUGACAUCUUUAGACUCGGUGUUGCUGUCUCGGACACCCCUGGUGGACCGUUCACCCCUGACAAGAGUUGGAUUCCCCAUACUUUCAGUAUCGACCCUGCCAGUUUCGUUGACGAUGAUGACAAAGCCUAUUUGUCAUGGGGUGGUAUCAUGGGAGGCCAGCUUCAACGAUGGCAGGACAAGAACAACUACAACGAAUCUGGCACUGAGCCCGGAAAUGGCACCGCCGCCUUGAGCCCCCAGAUUGCCAAACUGAGCAAGGACAUGCACACUCUGGCAGAGAAGCCUCGAGACAUGCUCAUUCUUGAUCCCAAGACUGGCAAGCCUCUCCUUUCUGAAGACGAAGACCGACGAUUUUUCGAAGGCCCGUGGAUCCACAAGCGCAACAAGAUUUACUACCUUACCUAUUCUACUGGCACGACCCACUAUCUUGUCUAUGCGACUUCCAAGACUCCCUACGGUCCUUACACCUACCAGGGCAGGAUUCUUGAACCAGUUGAGGGCUGGACUACCCAUGCUAGUAUCGUCAAGUACCAGGGUCAGUGGUGGCUAUUUUAUCACGAUGCCAAGACGUCCGGCAAGGACUCUCUUCGCCAGGUGAAGGCCAAGAAGAUUUGGUAUGAUAGCAAGGGAAAGAUCUUGACAAAGAAGCCUUAA